AUGGAUCAAAAUCAGGUGUACAGUGAGUGUAUCACUGAAGAUAUUCAAUCACGCAAAUGGUGGCAUCGACGUUGGGUAAAGAUCAUUGGCAUCUUUCUUGUCCUUUUAAUAAUUCUUGCGAUUACCCUUACUCUUGUGUUAAAAUUCGCCAUUCUUGCACCAAAGCAGUCAGAAACUUGGGUCGCAACAUCAGUGACAACGACAGUAUCAACACUGCCGUCACAAGUAACAACGACAGUAUCAGUACUGUCAUUAUUGGUGACAACAGCAACAUCCUUAGCAUCACUGCCAUCAUCAGUGACAACAACAACAUCCUCGGCAACACUAUCGUCAACGUCACGGCAAAUAGUAACAUCAAUACCACAAUCAACGACAGAAGAAUCGUUGCAUACAACAACAACAACAACAACAAUGACAACAGCAGCGGUACAACUAACAACAAAACCAACAAUAUCGUCACCAAUAGUAGCAGAAACAACAAUAAUGUCAACAAUAACAACAGAAACAAUGGAGACAGCAGAAUCACAACCGUUGACGACAGAAACAAUAAGUAGCACCACCUCUGUACAGCAGCCACGAUGGAAAUCAACAGGAAAUAUGAGUGUUGGGCGAGAUACACAUGUAGCAAUCGUACGAUUCGAUGGAACAGUAUUAGUUGUUGGUGGAUCUAGUGAAGGAUUUGCCAGUGUUACUGAAUUAUACAAUCCGACGACAGAUAGUUGGACACUAAAAAUGAACAUUAGUGUUCCACAGUGGCGUCACAGAGGAUCUCAACUAUUAGAUGGAACGGUAUUAGUUACUGGUGGGCAAGGUCAUAGUGGUAACCUCAAUACUGUUGAAUUGUAUAAUCCUUUAGCGGAUAAAUGGACAUACAGAGCAACCAUGAUUUAUGUACGAGCUUUCCAUACAUCAUCUGUAUUAUCAAAUGGAUCAGUAUUAGUUAUUGGUGGACAAACUACUACCUAUACUUAUCAAAAUACUGCUGAAAUGUAUGAUGUAUCGCGAAAUACUUGGACACUAGCACAAAAAAUGAAUGCCGCGCGAUGGUGGCAUACAGCGUCCGAAUUAUCGGAUGAACAAAUAUUGAUUAUUGGCGGACAAAAUAGCAGUGGUGUUCUCAACGGUGUUGAACUGUUUAAUCCUUUAGCAAAUGUAUGGUCAACAAAAACAAGCAUGAGCAUUGCACGAUAUGACCAUACAGCAACCGUAUUAUCGAAUGGACAGAUAUUGGUUAUUGGCGGACAAAGUAGGAGUGGUUUUCUCAACAGUGUUGAGCUUUAUAAUCCUUUGACAAAUACAUGGUCAACAAAAGCAAGCAUGAGCACCGUACGAUGUGGGCAUACAGCAACCGUAUUAUCGAGUGGACAAAUAUUAGUUGCUGGUGGAAGUACCGGUUAUAGUUUUGGUUUCCUCAGUAGUGCUGAACUAUAUGAUCUAACGACAAAUACAUGGACACCAACUACAAGCAUGAGCACCGUACGAAGCAAACACUCAGCAUCCACAUUAAAAAAUGGACAAAUAUUAGUUGCUGGUGGAUUCACCGGUGAAGUGCCUUUAAAGGCUGCUGAAUUGUACUUAUGA